UAAGCCGGACAGGAAGGAUAAUAAGUGAGCCAAAAAAGUAGACUCUGAAGAUCAAAAAGAAGCAUAACCAAUAAAAUAAGACCUCCCCAAAAAACGCAACUGUAGUAAACAAAGAGGAACCACACAAAGGAGCUCAUCAUGGUGAACACUGGCAUGCAGCUGAUCAGCUUCACCUGUGCAGUGACUGGCUGGAUCAUGGCGAUCGCCGUCACGGCCUUGCCUCAGUGGAAGGUCACGGCCUUCAUCGGCAACAACAUCCUGACCUCAGAGAUCAAGUGGGAAGGCAUCUGGAUGAACUGCAUCUACCAGACCACUGGGCACAUGCAGUGUAAGACAUACGACUCCAUGCUGGCCUUGCCUCCGGACAUCCAGGCGGCCCGCGCCCUCAUGUGUCUGGCCAUCUUCAUGGGCUGGCUCUCCUGCACCGUGUCCUGCUGCGGCAUGAAGUGCACCACCUGCGCUGGGGACGACCGUCGGGCCAAGGCGGGUAUCGCGCUCUCAGGCGGCGUUCUCUUCAUUCUGACCGGCCUGUGUGUGCUGAUUCCCAUUUCCUGGACUGCUAACACCGUCGUCCAGGAUUUCUACAACCCCAAAGUGCCCAUAAUGCAUAAAAGAGAGCUGGGUCAGGCUAUUUAUCUGGGAUGGGCAUCUGCAGUUAUUCUUAUGAUCAGUGGAGCUGUGUUGAGCAGUACCUGCCCCCUCAUGGAGAGGGAGGGCAGGUACCGCAGGGGCUACAUAGGCCGGAGCUUUGCUAAUUCACCCGCUUCAGCACCAGAUCCUCCAAAACUUAUCACAUCUAAUAGUGUACCAUUGAAGGAGUAUGUAUAGGAGGUGGAAGAAGACACACCAGCAGGAGGAUAGGGAAGGAGGUAAAGAGUAGAUGCUAUUAAAAACUGAGUAACUCUUGUUCUUUCCUAUAUUUACUAUCAAGUCUGUGAAUUUUAAGCUAUACAUUGAAAUC